CAUCCUCCCUGUGGUCCUAAUGCCAUUUGCAGAAAUACAACGCUCUGUCAGAAACAACCAAUCACAGCCAGAAGGAGGGUCUCAGUGCUGUCAAUCAGGCUCAUGUACACUCCUUUGCUGUCCGCUACACUACGGCUCCAAUGCCCAAACUAGUUAGCAUGACCACUGAUGAAGGUGGAUAAACAGUUUUUUUCUCUGGCAUUAGCACACUGAGUAGCACAUACACGAGAUUGAUUCACAGCACUAAGACCUUCCUAGUUCUUGAUUUAACAAGGGCUGCAAUUGUAUUUUUUCAAAACCAGGUGGGUUUGAAAACAUCCCCUGGAAACAGCAGUUUGUUUCCUCUGACAAGCUACUGAAUAUUUUUCCUCAUGUGAAAUAUUUAAGUGCGACAACAGAGCAAAUACCGAAGACAUCAAGAAAGGGGCAAAUGCAGUCAUACAUUUUAAAAGCAUAAAACAAAUAUAACAUCCAUGGUCACAAGUAUGGAAACUUUUCCCCAGCACUUUGUGUUCUUAGUAAGCAUCUGGUCUACAUCGUAUUUAUGAUCCAAACAGCUUCUUGAUAGCUUUCAUUUAAAAGCAGCGGCAUUAUCCAAUUAAAAGACAAGCCUACUUUGUGUAAAAACAAACAGAAUUUCUUGAUGACUAGAAGAGGAAAUGGGCAUUGAGGCAAGUCAAUGUUGGUAAAAUGGCUAUCAAAGCAAAAAUAAAACCGCCCACCUUUCACCUUUAUUUUCUACCAGUGGGCAACGGAAAGGAGCUGAUGUGACAUAAAAAGUUAAGAGAGCUAUAAAAAGUAUCCAAAAACAACAGAUUGCCUGUUGACUUUUUUUUCAUGGCUUGGUGUUAAUAAUUACUCUAAUAAGCAAACUGCUGAAUCUGCAUAUUAUCCCAUCUGAUCAAAGUUCCCAGUUAAACUGACCAACCUGAACCGUCCUACCCAGCUUUUCCAUUACAUCAAUGUGCCUGAAACCCAGCAGGCUUCACUUGAAGCUGCAGAUGUGAGAACUGAGAAAAGUUUCAGGUUUGACUAAAAGGAGCGAUGGCGGAACCCUCAUCAGGAAACGUGACCAUCAACAAUCCCGCCGACAUUGCUGUCAUCGUUGGAUACUUCCUGAUGGUCAUCGGUGUCGGCGUUUGGUCCAUGCUUCGGACCAAUCGUGGGACGGUGGGAGGAUAUUUCCUGGCAGGACGGUCCAUGGCUUGGUGGUCGGUUGGUGCGUCCCUGUUUGCCAGUAACAUUGGGAGCGGUCAUUUUGUGGGCCUGGCAGGAACCGGGGCAGCGGGGGGCAUCGCUGUGGGAGGCUUCGAGUGGAACGCUCUGUUCAUCGUGUUGCUGCUGGGCUGGCUGUUCGUACCCGUCUACCUCACGGCCGGGGUGAUCACGAUGCCUCAGUACCUGAAGAAGAGGUUCGGCGGGGCCAGGAUCAGCCUCUACCUGUCCGUUAUCUCUCUCUUCCUUUACAUUUUCACCAAGAUCUCAGUGGAUAUGUUUUCUGGAGCUGUGUUUAUCCAGCAGGCGUUAGGCUGGAAUAUUUAUGUGUCUGUCAUCGCGCUUCUGUUAAUCACAGCCUUGUACACUGUCACAGGUGGCCUCGCAGCUCUAAUGUACACAGACACUUUUCAGACGUUUGUCAUCAUCGCUGGAGCUUUCGUCCUUACCGGCUUCUCCUUUGCUAAAAUUGGCGGCUACAGCGCCCUGCUUACCAAAUACUACUCUGCCAUUCCGAGUAACUUCUCCUCCCUGGACACCCAGCGCUAUAACAUCUCCUCCCAGUGCUACAUCCCGAGACAGGACUCCUUCAGCCUGCUGAGGGACGCGACUGUGGGGGACCUUCCCUGGCCUGGAGUGGUGUUCGGGAUGACGAUAGGGGGGAUCUGGUACUGGUGCUCUGAUCAGGUGAUUGUCCAGAGGUGCCUGGCAGCUCGUAGUCUCACCCAUGUGAAGGCUGGCUGCAUUGUGUGUGGCUACCUCAAACUGCUUCCCAUGUUCCUCAUGGUCUUCCCCGGCAUGAUCAGCAGGAUCCUCUACCCAAAUGAGGUUGGCUGUGUGGUCCCAGAAAUUUGUAAGGAGGUCUGUGGAACCGAAGUGGGCUGCUCUAACAUAGCUUAUCCUAAACUGGUGGUUACAGUCAUGCCCAGUGGUCUGCGAGGGCUGAUGCUGGCUGUCAUGCUGGCAGCUCUCAUGUCUUCUUUGGCGUCCAUCUUUAACAGCAGCAGCACUCUGUUCACCAUGGACAUUUGGACCCGCAUCAGACCACAGGCCACCGAGCGGGAGCUCAUCGUUGUAGGCCGUGUCUGGGUUCUGUGUAUCGUGGCCAUCAGCAUCUGCUGGAUCCCCGUUGUUCAGGCAGCGCAGAGCGGUCAGCUGUUUGACUACAUCCAGUCAGUCUCCAGCUAUCUGUCUCCACCCAUUGCCUCCGUCUUCCUGCUGGCUGUUUUUGUCAAACGGGUCAAUGAAACAGGAGCCUUCUGGGGCCUGAUUGGUGGUCUGGCGAUGGGUCUGUGUCGGAUGUUGCCUGAAUUCUGGUUUGGUACCGGCAGCUGUAUUUUCCCCUCUCAAUGCCCUUUCCUGGUGUGUGGCAUCCACUACUUACACUUUGCCAUCAUCCUGUUUACCUGCACAUCAGUGCUGGUGCUUCUGGUCAGCUUCUGCACAGAGCCCAUUGAGGAUAAACAUCUCCAUCGCCUGGUAUUCAGUCUACGUCACUCUAAAGAGGAGAGGGAGGAUCUGGACUGGGAGCAAGAAGAAAGAGCCAGAAGAGCCCGCAAGGAGGCGAAGGAGAGGAUGAGAGAGAAGGCUAAUGUAGUUACAGAAACUGAACAUGAUAAAAAGUCUGGACUCUGUCGCCUGGUUGGUGGAUUCUGUGGACUUAAUGAAGACCAACAGGUUCAGGAUGAGGAAGCAGCCGAGGAUCUAGAGCCUCAGAUGCCCGACAUCAGUGAGAAAGCAGUGUGGAAGAACACCGUGGACUCCAACGCUCUGGUCAUGAUGGCUGUUGCAGUUUUUAUGUGGGGAUACUUUGCUUGACUGAGUCAUUUUGUUCCGAGCUGAAGGUGUUGUAGCUGCCGUGUGAUCGCAUCUGCUGCCGAUUACAGAAAUGGAGUAAAUCUUCAAAUAGAACCUUGUCGCCAUCUGCUGGCAGUGUUUUGUUAUUGCACCAGAGUGAGCUCUUUGAAAUUCUUGGAAGCAAGGUCAGCUGUUAACAAAAAAUAUACUUCACAACAAAUAUAUAUAAGUCGUCACUUAAUGUAUAAUUUCACAAUAAAUAAGGCAUUUAGGGUUUUAUUGCUUUAAAGUAACCUGCUCUGGCUUUAACACCAGCAUGUUACAUCUACUAUUGUGGAAGCUAUCAUUUUUAAUGUUUGUACUAAAACUUUAUGGUAUCAAUACAUGUGUAAAAGUAAUGAGAAAAAUGUGCUUAUGAAUUAAAGUGAAGGAUGAUCAUUUAGUGCAUGUCCAAAUACUUUGGAUUGUGUACUGCUUCUUUAGAAAUGGAUUGUGAACAGAAAACUGAAGCCCAUUUCAAAUAUUCGGUCUAUAGUUUAAUUGUAAAUAGUAAAAACAAAUCCUUCAAGGUUUAUGUUUUUUAUUUAAAAAAUAAUCCGAAAAGUGGGACGUACAUAUUUGUAUGCGAUAGUCGUUACUCUGAUACCUAUAAUACCUAAUGCUAACAAAGGAGAAUAUUAGUCGGGUAAGAAGCCUCACUGGUGCCUCUGAGGAAAGAAAGAUGAUGAAAGAAAAUUUGGCAAAUUCUGUAGGGAUUGAAGGUCAAAACAGUUCCUUAGGUUGUAAAGGUUCCAGAUCUGGUUUAGAUCACAUUUUACUCAGGGGUUAAAAUGGCCCAGUCAAAGUCCAGACCUAAUCUGAUUGUCUCAGUCUUUACAUCCAAUUGGACUAAACAUAAACCAUUUCAUAAAGCACAAUGAAGAAACAGUUGUCUACAUAAAAGUGAAAGAGAUGUACCUCAAAAAGACUGGUUCUACAAUGUAUUAGUUUAUGGGACCUGAAUAUAAGCACUUCAGAUUAUUUAUACAACUUUGUGUUGCUAUUAUAUGUAAAAUCUUAGAAACAGCACAGGGAAAAGUUCACAAACUUACUACAGUUUCAGAGGUACAGAAAUUUCAUCCCUGCAGCUUUAAUGAUCAGAUUUAACAGAACCCGUUAUCAGAUACAAAUGCCAUUACAGCAUCUGGUUACACUCUGAUCCAAUCAGUCAUUCCUAAAGGUGUGAAGGAGAGAAAGUUUAAGUAGCUCAUAAAUGCAUUAAUAAAGUUUAUCCCACACAUUAAAACUUUGGUUUACAAGAAAUCAAUGUGAGCUGUAAGUGGCUUGAAACCACCUUGGUGCACCCGCCCAUCACAAUUUAGAAAACGAGCAAUGUGGAUCAGCGUAUAAAAAGCAGACAUACCAGGUAGUGGUUCGGAUUUCCAGUUUUAAUCAUCACUUCUGUUUUAUUUAAGCAGAUAUUUCCCAUUAGCAUUGUACACAUCUGCAACCUACAGAGUUCUCCCAUGACUACCCAACCAUCUUCCUAUCUCCAUGCAGAGUUUCAGCAUCAUUCAUCACAUCAGUUCUUCAAUGUCCAGUCUGUCAGCUUGCAGGGGUGGGGAGGGGAAUUAAAAGCAAAGGAGGAGAAGGCAAAGAUAAAUAGAUUCCAUUUUUUUAUUGCCCCCUCCCCCAAUAUUGAAAAGUCAGAGCCAUCACCAGGCACUGUUCUUGUACGCGCAAUAAUUUAAGUGGACCCAGUGGAGCUGGAUGGAGUGUGUGAAGCAUUGGAAAACUGUGCAACUUUUGUUGUGUUCUGAUCAUCAGGUAUCUGAUGCCUCGAUCUCCAGAAGGGUGGGGUAAGAGGUAGGGGGGCUUUUAAGGCUGGAAACUGGUAUAGAGAGUUUCUGGUGUUUGUGGUGGAUAGUUGAACACACGUCAAAGUAUGAAUGAUGGCUCUGUUGAGGUGGAGGGAAGGAUAAAAGAAGGGCAUAUUUAAAAUAAAGAUGGCAUAUUU